AUGCCCAUCUACCACGUUGUGUUAUUCAAACUCAAGCCUGGCGUUACGCCCGCUCAGAUCUCCAACUUCACAACGAUGGCUAAAGGGAUGGUUGGCAAGAUCCCGGGUCUGCUAAAAUUGGACGCGAACACUCCGCUCCUAUCGACGGCGCACCGUGGUAAAGGAUUCAAUAUGGGCUUGAUUGCUAUUCUAGAGAAGGCGGACGAUGUCAAAGUCUAUGCUGAGCAUCCGGCUCAUUUGGAGGUACAAUCUGUUCGAGAAGCGAUUUGCGAUGACACGCUUGCUUAUGAUUUGGAGUACUCCGAAUAG